AACGAGAAGUUGAGAAUGGCGAAAAUUAGCAAGUCAAGAAGAUAUACCCACCAAGAGGCAGUGGAAGAGUGUACUCGGCCACGUGAAAGCGACGAGUCAGAGGAGGAAAUGUCUGAGAAAGACAGUGAAAUGUCUUGCAUCGACUCCGUGGCAGAGGACAUGUUCCUAGAGGGAGGAGACAUUACUCUCGACAAGAAAUGUGAUGUAGAUAUGGAUUGGGAGCCAGCUACAUCUGCACCAGUGAGCAAGUGGCCACAUGGAGUGGAGCAGCAGGACAGUUCAUCAGGUGAGAAGCUUCCUUUUCCACAGAACAGCAGGAGACCAAGAGGUAGAGGACAAGGUAGAGGAAAAGGGAGAGGCGUAGAGCAGCAGGACAGUUCAUCAGGUGAGGAGCCUCAUCUUCCAACUCCCCAGAACAGCAGGAGACAAAGAGGUAGAGGACGAGGAAAAGGGAGCGUCUGCAGUCAAGCCAGAUCAACCAGCCCAUCUGAAGAGAGGUGGAAUGAUGUUGACGUUCCAGACAUCACACCACCACAGCCCACCUUCAGACCCAGAAAUGUCCCAGGACCCCAGCUCAUACGUACUGCUACGUACACAGCCCUGCAGUUGUUUCAACUAUUUUUUAUCAACUCUGUUUUGAAGACAAUACUUCAAAACACCAACAACUGUGGAUCAACACACCAUUCAACACCCUCUAUCCCGUGGGUUGAUCUGACAUUGCAGGACAUGUUUGCAUUCAUGUCUUUAGUUGUUUACAUGGGUGUAGUCAAAUGCUUUUCUUUCACUGAUUACUGGCGUGGGGGUCAUCUUUAUAGCUUGCCGUUCCCGAGACGGGUAAUGACUGGUAAAAAGUUCCUCAGGAUCUCCCAGUCCCUUCACCUCAGCAGCUCUGUGGGGGAUGCUGCUAAUGAUGAAAGGAGAGGCACAGGAGCCCACGUAACCGCCUGGGUAAGAUAA